ACUCUGAUCAUACGAGCCCUUAUGAUGUAAGUACAUUGUUUUGUUCAUCGGUAUAUAAUCACUGACGUCGGCCCCGGAUAUCAUCGAUCACUCUAUUCGGCCUCCUGUAGACGAAUUCCGAGUACGAACUUUAUGACGCCUUGCAUCAUUUCUUUCGACUCUUAUUGUUUCGUAUGUUUUCUACCAGUGGCGUGUGACUGUGACGUCUGGAUGCUAUUUAAUAUCUGCCGUUGUGUCAAUGACAUUUCAGUUUCGCAUUUCUUUGUAUUCUGUAGCUUUUACCUUUCGCCACUUACUUGUCCUUCUCGAUCUUUCAACUGACUCCAGCAUGAAGGACGGUUCAGAUCACUCAAAAAUUGCUCAUCGACCUUAUCCCCUCGAACAUGCCAUUCAAUCCACGCCGUCAUCUAGUCCAUGUUCAUCUCCCUCGCCCCAAUCUGACAUUGGUUCCGAUGAUGGAUUCUGGAUCGACGAAAUGGAAUUGCAAUCAGUCAUUGCGUCCACUCCAGAAUCUCUGCUUCGUGAUAUUAUCGAGAAACUAGCGAGAGGCAACUCACUCAUACGCCGUGCCCUUGUCCGCGAACUCCGCUGUAGAUCAGCGGACAUGACACCCUCUAGUUCCCCGUCCCGGCGCCGACGAAAAGUUCUACACAAAAAGCAGCGCAGUUCUGAGCGGGCGCUCUACUUCCCAUGUACCGCAUCGUCGCCGUCAUGCAUCAACUGCGGCAGGGUUUUUUUGAAUGGGUGGGAUGGUGGUCUUCAAAAGUGUCUAUCUGAUGGUCCCUGUGCCUAUCAUCCAGGAACGCUAGAAGUUUUUGAAUUUUCACCGACGAUCAAUAUGCAUGGAAGGCCUGGACAUACAAUGAAGAUGUGGACGUGUUGUGAAGGGGAUCCUGACACAUCCGGGUGUGUGUCUGCAAAUACACAUCAUGUAGGAUCAUUUUAAUUUCACUAUAUCAAAUUGCAUUCGAAGUUCCUGCCAUUCUGAAGUUCAUUCUACAGUAGCAGUUCUAAGACAUUCAACUUGUA